GUCGUUUAGCUGAGGCCUUCCUUUUCUCUUCUAAAAGUUUUGUAUCGUUUUCUUGAAAUUACUCUCACAACCCAAACAAAAGUCAGAAAUGGAGCCCUACAAAACUCUCCAUGUCUUCCAAAAAUCUCCUAACUCAGGUGUUUUCCAAUUAAAUCUCAACCGUCCAUCUCAGCGAAACGCCUUAUCGCGUGAUUUCUUCACUGAAUUCCCGAUUGCUCUCCAAUCCCUCGACCAGAACCCUAACGCGUCCGUCAUCGUCCUCUCCGGAACCGGAGACCAUUUCUGCUCCGGUAUCGACAUCAAAACCCUAAACUCCAUCGCCAACGAUUCCGGCGAUCGUGGACGAUCCGGAGAGAGGCUCCGGCGAGACAUUAAGCUCCUGCAGGACGCGAUCACGGCGAUCGAGCGGUGCAGGAAGCCUGUGAUCGCUGCGAUAAAAGGAGCGUGUAUCGGUGGCGGUAUCGAUAUUGUGACAGCUUGUGACAUUCGGUAUUGUUCUAAAGAUGCUUUUUUUUCGGUGAAGGAAGUUGAUUUGGGGUUAACGGCGGAUUUAGGGAAGUUACAGAGGUUGCCGGGGAUUGUUGGAUUUGGUAAUGCAAUGGAAUUGGCUUUGACUGGUCGGAGGUUCUCGGGUCAGGAAGCCAAGGAGUUUGGUUUGGUUUCUCAGGUUUUUGGGUCUAUAGAGGAAUUGGAUGAGGGUGUGAAAAUCAUCGCCGAGGGGAUUGCAGCAAAGUCGCCUCUUGCUGUCACUGGGACAAAAGCCGUUCUAUUAAGAAGUCGCGACUCCAGUUUGGAACAGGGAUUGGAUUAUGUAGCUACUUGGAACUCUUCAAUGCUUGUGUCUGAUGAUCUCAUGGAGGCAGUCUCGGCACAUUUACAGAAAAGAAAACCCACCUUUUCGAAGCUUUGAUCUUGUCUUCAUGGAUUGGACUGCGUACUACAUUUUUAAAUGAUGAUAUCUAAUAUAAUAACUUGAUGUAUUAUUCAUCAACGCCACAUGAUGCAUCAUUUGUCGAUCUUGUAACAAGAUCAAUACGUUGUUUCUCAACAGUUCUUAAUGCAAAUGGAAGUCCAAUGGACUCUUCCUAAUAAAA